GCAUGCAUUCCUUCAUUGCACCCUUCUUUCAACUUUCACCUUCGACCCCAGCGCAGCAAAACACUUCGACCUUCGCCUUCACCGCCACUACAACUACACAGACACUGACAUAAUGGAGCGACUUCAGCGCAUGUUUCAGGCAGCACAGGGCAUGGGUCCCGAGCCAGGACAGGACAACCCCACCGCCGACAACUCUGAAAUGGUUUACAUCUCCUCCCUCUCACUCUUGAAGAUGUUGAAGCACGGCCGUGCGGGUGUCCCAAUGGAGGUCAUGGGCUUAAUGUUGGGUGAAUUUGUCGACGACUACACCGUACGCGUCAUUGACGUCUUUGCAAUGCCCCAGAGUGGAACCGGUGUUUCUGUCGAGGCCGUCGAUCCUGUCUUCCAGACAAAGAUGUUGGAUAUGUUGAAACAGACUGGAAGACCCGAGAUGGUUGUUGGCUGGUACCACUCACAUCCUGGAUUCGGAUGCUGGCUUUCCAGUGUCGAUGUCAACACACAGCAGAGUUUCGAGCAAUUGAACAGCAGGGCAGUGGCCGUAGUCGUUGAUCCGAUUCAGUCUGUCAAAGGAAAGGUCGUCAUCGACGCCUUCCGCCUGAUCAACCCCCAGACCGCCGCUGUCGGACACGAACCCCGUCAGACGACAUCAAACAUUGGACACCUGAACAAACCCAGUAUCCAGGCCCUGAUUCACGGACUGAACAGACACUAUUAUUCAAUUGCGAUCAACUACCGCAAGAACGAACUGGAACAAAAAAUGUUGCUGAACCUCCACAAGAAGAACUGGACCUCCGGAUUGACAUUGACAAAUUUCCAUGAGCACACGGAAGAGAAUGAGAAGGCUGUCAAGUCGAUGUUGUCAUUGGCAGAGGCAUACAACAAGUCGGUUCAGGAAGAGUUUACGUUAACACCCGAACAACUUAAGACGCGCCAUGUCGGAAAGGAGGAUCCUAAGAGGCAUCUCGAGAGCAAUGUUGAGCAGGUCAUGAGCAACAAUAUCGUUGUUGCCCUCGGCACCAUGCUCGACUCUGUUAGCUUUUAAGAUAGCUGGAUAGGGAAUUGCAUUAUGAUAGGAGGAAGGAAGUGGCCGAACCUGUGCACAAGGAGAGAGCAUGGUCAAUGAUGCUAAUAAACUGAUAUAUCAAGC